GUGAUUUAAGCCAUUAUGAUCACUUACAAAAGUUGAAACUGGCAGAUCCUACAGUGAAUGAUGACAAAGAAAUUGAUUUGCUACUCGGGGUAGCUGAAUUCGGCCGGAUUGUGAAUAAUGGCCUUGUAAAAGGUGCAGACGAUGCUCCAAUCGCGAUGAACUCCGAAGUAGGCUGGCUGAUCAUGGGCCCGCAACGCGAUAAUGAUAAAAAAACAACGAUCAAAAUUACAUCAUUGAUUCUGAAUAGCGAGAUUGAGAAUAAAAUUGACAAAUUUUUCGCAAGUGAAACGAUGGGAAGUGUUGAUGGUGACUGUUCGCAGUUAUCCGAUGAGGAAAAAUACUGUGAAGAGAAUUAUUUGAAAACAACAAGACGAAAUGAAGAAGAGUAUACAAUUGCGAUGCAUGAUGAUAUUGCAAGGGGCUAUAUGGUAUUAGUUGAAAAUCCUCCACGUGACGCCUAUUACAUUCCCCAUCACGCAGUUUUCAAAGAUAGCACAACGACCAAACUUCGAACCGUGUAUAACGCUUCACAAAAAACGUCCAAUGGCUUAUCGCUCAAUGAACAGUUAGCGAUAGUCAUUAUUGCUGAUUUGGAGAAGAUGUACAAACAAAUCAGAAUUGAAGAAAUUCAGCAAAAACUGCAAAUGAUUUUGUGGAGAGAUUCAAGCGACGAAAACAUAAAAACGUAUAAACUAACGACAGUGACAUUUGGCGUAGCACCAUCUCCGUUCUUAGCAAUUCGCACAUUACGCGAAAUCGCCAGUGUUGUGGAAAAUGAAUUUCCGAACGCAGCACAAUCCAUCAGAGAUUGUUUUUAUGUUGACGAUCACGUAGGAGGUGUUGAUACAGUAGAACAAGCGGUUGAAUUGUACAAUCAAUUAAAAACUGUUUUUGAUCGUUUUGGCUUUAAUCUGCGUAAAUUCGUCAGCAAUUCGAGUGAGUUUUUGAAUAAAAUUCCAAAUAGUGAAAAAGAAGAAGUAAACAGUGUAAAAAAAGUGCUGGGUGUUACAUGGCAGCCAAAAACAGAUGAGUUAACAUUUAAAAUUCCGUUCGAAUUGGAAUCGAAACCAAAAACAAAACGGCAAUUAUUGUCAGAAAUUGCAACACUUUAUGACCCAAUGGGUUACUUAGCGCCGAUUGUGGUUAAAGCGAAAUUAAUAAUGCAAGAAGUGUGGAUGUUAUCGAAUAAA